AUGGAUCCAGCCGGUGGCAGUGAGAUCCGCGACGACACCGAUAGUGCCGUCACGGUGCGUCCCGACGCUGCUCUCCCAACCUACGAGAAUGAAGACAAAACGAUGGUCUCCCCAUCCAGUCGGGCAGAGGACUGGGCAAUGAUGGACGAGGUACGCCGCCGGCACGACCGCGAGAUCGCCUCGGGCAGCAAGCCGCGCGAGCUGGGCGUGACGUGGAAAGAUCUCACCGUCGAGGUGGUCAGCGCCGAGGCUGCUAUCAACGAGAACGUCUUCUCGCAGUUCCAUAUCCCUCGCAACAUCCGUGAGUCUCGUCACAAGCCCCCCCUGCACACCAUCCUCGACAACAGCCACGGCUGCGUCCGCCCGGGCGAGAUGCUGCUCGUGUUGGGCCGCCCAGGCUCGGGCUGCACCACACUACUCAAGAUGCUCGCCAACCGUCGUCGCGGUUACCUGAAUGUCCGUGGUGAUGUGCACUUUGGCGCUCUGUCGCACGACGAGGCUGCCCCGUACCGCGGCCAGAUCGUCAUGAACACAGAGGACGAGUUGUUCUUCCCGACCCUGACCGUCGGCCAGACGAUGGACUUUGCCACGCGCCUCAAGGUGCCUAGUCGGCUGCCUCAGGGGGUCGACUCGCAUGUCGAGUACCAGCGCGGCAGCAAGGAAUUCCUCCUCGAGGCACUACGCAUCUCCCACACGCAUGACACAAAGGUCGGCAACGAGUACGUGCGUGGUGUCUCGGGCGGCGAGCGCAAGCGUGUCUCCAUCGUCGAAUGUAUGGCGACCCGCGGAUCCGUGUUUUGUUGGGACAACAGCACCCGCGGCCUUGACGCCAGCACGGCUCUCGAGUGGACCAAGGCCAUCCGCGCCAUGACGGACGUCCUGGGUCUGUCCACAAUCGUCACCCUCUACCAGGCGGGGAACGGCAUCUACGAUCUCUUCGACAAGGUUCUCGUGCUGGACGAGGGCAAGCAGGUGUUCUAUGGACCCCUAGCUGAGGCCCGUCCCUUCAUGGAAGAACAGGGCUUCAUCUGUGGCGAGGGCGCCAACGUCGCUGACUUCCUGACUGGUGUCACUGUACCUACCGAGCGCCAGAUCCGCUCCGGCUACGAGCAGCGCUUCCCACGCACUGCCGACCAGCUCCGUAUCGAGUACGAGAAGUCGUCUAUCCGCGAGCGGAUGGCCGCCGAGUACGACUAUCCGACCUCCGACCUCGCCCGCGAGCGUACUGACAACUUCCGGCACGCUUUCGCCGAGGAUCGCGCCAAAGACUUGGCCAAAGACAGCCCCUGGACGGUUGGGAUCGUGGACCAGGUCAAGGCCUGCAUCCGCCGCCAGUACCAGAUCCUGUGGGGUGACAAGGCGGCCUUCAUCAUCAAGCAAGUCUCGACCUUGGUCCAGGCCUUGAUCGCCGGCUCCCUCUUCUACAACGCGCCCAACAAUUCCGGUGGCCUCUUCGUCAAGUCCGGCGCCCUGUUCUUCUCGCUCCUUUACAACAGUCUGCUUUCCAUGUCUGAAGUCACCGAGUCCUUCAACGGUCGUCCGGUCCUGGUCAAGCACAAGGGUUUCGCCAUGUUCCACCCGGCCGCCUUCUGUUUCGCCCAGAUCGCAGCCGACAUUCCCGUCCUCCUCUUCCAGAUCAGCAUCUUUGCCAUCGUCAUUUACUUCAUGGUCGGCCUUACCAUGACGGCCGGUGCCUUCUUCACCUACUGGGUCAUGAUUUUUGCAACCACCAUGUGUAUGACAGCGUUAUUCCGCGCCAUCGGUGCUUUGUUCUCUACCUUUGACGGGGCCUCCAAGGUGUCUGGCUUCCUCAUCGCCGCCGUCAUCAUGUACACCGGGUACAUGAUCACCAAGCCUCACAUGCACCCGUGGUUCGUUUGGAUGUACUGGAUCGACCCCCUGGCCUAUGCCUUUGAAGCGGUCCUGGCCAACGAGUUCCACGGCAAGAUCAUCCCCUGCGUCGGUGACAAUCUGGUUCCCAAUGGGCCUGGCUACACGGACUCUGCCUACCAGGCGUGCGCGGGCGUCGGGGGCGCAUCCCCGGGAAGCAUCUCACUCACCGGCGACGAAUACCUGGCCUCGCUGUCCUACAGCUAUUCGCAUCUGUGGCGCAAUUUCGGCAUCGUCUGGGCGUGGUGGGCUCUCUUCGUCGCCGUCACGGUCGUCGCUACUUCGAAAUGGCAUUCUCCGUCUGAGAGCGGAUCCGUGCUGCUCAUCCCGCGUGAAAAGCUGGAGCGCCAUCAGCAGACGCUGGGUGUCAUCACUGACGAGGAAUCCCAGGGUUCCAAGAAGGUCGCAGCCGCCGACGAUCAGGAGCUGCAGUCGGACAGCAGCGUCGAGGCACAACUCGUCCGCAACUCGUCGGUCUUCACCUGGCGCAACCUGACCUACACUGUUAAAACCUCCUCGGGAGACCGUGUGUUACUUGAUAACGUCCACGGCUGGGUCAAACCGGGCAUGCUGGGCGCUCUGAUGGGAGCCUCGGGCGCAGGUAAGACGACUCUGCUGGACGUGCUGGCCCAACGCAAGACCGAGGGUACCAUUCGGGGCUCCAUCAUGGUUGACGGACGACCCCUGCCGGUCUCCUUCCAGCGGUCUGCAGGCUACUGCGAGCAACUCGACGUUCACGAGCCGUUUGCCACGGUGCGCGAGGCGCUGGAAUUCUCUGCCCUCCUCCGGCAGCCGCGCGAAGUGCCCCGCGAGGAGAAGUUGCGAUACGUCGACACGAUCAUCGACCUCCUGGAGCUGCACGACCUGGCUGACACGCUGAUCGGGCGGGUGGGCGCCGGCCUCAGCGUUGAACAGCGCAAGCGGUUGACCAUCGGCGUCGAGCUGGUGGCCAAGCCGAGCAUCCUGAUCUUCCUGGACGAACCGACCUCCGGUCUGGACGGCCAAUCGGCCUACAACACGGUGCGGUUUCUGCGCAAGCUGGCGGACGUGGGCCAGGCGGUGCUGGUGACCAUCCACCAGCCGUCGGCGCAGCUGUUUGCCCAGUUCGAUACUCUCUUGCUGCUGGCCAAGGGCGGUCGCACUGUCUACUUUGGCGACAUUGGCGACAACGGAGAGAUCGUCAAGAACUACUUUGCCCGCUACGGUGCCUCCUGUCCGACUGGGACCAACCCGGCGGAGCAUAUGAUCGAUGUGGUCUCGGGCCAUCUGUCGCAGGGCCGCGACUGGCACCAGGUCUGGCUCGACUCGCCGGAAAGCAGCGAGAGGCUGGCCAAGCUGGACCAGAUCGUCGCAGACGCCGCAGCCAAGCCCCUGGCCACACAGGAUGACGGAUUCGAGUUCGCGAUGCCGCUCGGGGCGCAGACACAGAUCGUGACGGCGCGGAUGGGGCGGGCGCUGUUCCGCAACACGGACUACAUCAACAACAAGUUUGCGCUGCACAUCGGCUCGGCGCUAUUCAACGGCUUCUCCUUCUGGAUGAUCGGCGACAGCGUGUCGGACCUGCAGCUGCGGCUGUUCACGGUCUUCAACUUCAUCUUCGUGGCCCCCGGCGUGAUCAACCAGCUGCAGCCGCUGUUCAUCGAGCGGCGCGACCUGUACGACACGCGCGAGAAGAAGGCGCGCAUGUACUCGUGGAAGGCGUUUGUGACGGCGCUGGUGCUGUCGGAGAUGCCGUACCUGUGCGUGUGCGCCGUGUUGUACUUUGUCUGCUGGUACUACACGGUGGGCUUCUCGAGCGACUCGCACCGCGCGGGCGGCACCUUCUUCAUCAUGCUCAUGUACGAGUUCAUGUACACGGGCAUCGGCCAGUUCGUGGCCGCGUACGCGCCCAACGCCCUCUUCGCCGCGCUGACCAACCCGGUCAUCAUCGGCACGCUGGUCUCCUUCUGCGGCGUGCUGGUCCCCUACGCCCAGAUCCAGGCCUUCUGGCGCUACUGGAUCUACUGGAUCAAUCCCUUCAACUACAUGAUCGGGGGUAUGCUCGUCUUCGACGUCUACGACACCCCCGUGCGCUGUGCCGCCGACGAGUUUGCCGUCUUCGACCCCCCGGCCAACAUGACCUGCGGCGACUACCUGGCCGAGUACAUGGAGGGCAUCGGCGCCCGCAUGAACCUGACCAACCCGGCCGCCACGGCGAGCUGCCAUGUCUGCGAGUACCGCCGCGGCAGCGACUAUCUCACCACCAUCAACCUCAACGACUACUACUACGGCUGGCGCGAUGCCGGGAUCGUCGUCAUCUUCGUCCUCAGCUCCUACUCCCUGGUGUAUCUGUUGAUGAGACUGCGCACCAAGGCGUCCAAAAAGGCAGAAGCAUGA